AUGAAGCUGCUUUUUCGGAUCACUGAUGAGACUGUCGGUCCGGGUCAAACAUGUAUUGCGUGGCGACCAAACGGCAGUACACUUGCCUUGGCCAGAAAUGUUAUCGCCAUGGCGUGGGAUAAAGAGGGAGACGUUUUGGGUAUCAUCGUCGACGCAUCAUCGUUGGCGAUUCUUUGGAACAUGAACACUCGCAAUGCAGAACAAUUGGAAACAGCGAUGGGAGCCAGAGAACUUCCCUCAUGCCUUGCUUGGUCUUCCGUGUCACCUCUACUGGCUAUUGGCAACAGUAACGGAAACCUGUUCAUUUACAACCAGAAAAUGUCAAGAAAAAUACCCGUACUCGGUAAACACCAGCGAAAAAUUACCGGAGUUGCAAUGACGAAGCAGGAUGAGAUUUUGUGUUGUAGUGAUGACAACACAAUCACUGUGUCAUCAGCGGAUGGUGAGACGACGAGAACGCUUACGGUAUCCGGUGAACCAUAUGAUCUACAAGUUGGCGAAGUGAAACGACCUGGAGGAAAUGUGGACGUGAUAGUGAGUGCUGUGCUGGCCAAGAAGACGCUCUUUCUCUCAACCUUGUCGGAUAAACCCGCAGAGAAAUUGAACGCUGACGGUGAAAGCGAGAACUCGAUGAACCUUCAAUUUCAGGAGAAAUACGGAUCCAUUAUUGCUCAUGUUUGGUUCAACGAUGGCUAUAUGAUUGUCGGCUUUGAGAAGUAUUUGUCGUUGCAUUUCCUGGCUCAAUCCAUCUGA